AUGAACCAGGGAGUGAAGCGACAAAGGUUGAAUGCCCCAGUAAGUAUUGUGUAUGGCGUAAACAGUUUUGCCAACGAUCCAUGCCGCUCAGCAGCUACACAGGGAAAAGAAGCAUGGAAUGGCUUCUGUGAACUCGAAUCAGAACCUGCUCUCUUCAAUGUGAUGCUUCGUGAAUUUGGUGUGAAAGGAGUCAAAGUUCAGGAGGUUGUGUCCUUAGACGAGGAGAUGAUGGCAUUUCUAAAUAAGCCUGUCUAUGGGCUAAUCUUUUUGUUUCGUUGGAGGGAAGACGAUCCUAAUAAGCAGGAAGCGAGUUGCCCGGAAGGGCUCUGGUUUGCAAAUCAGACAACGAGUAAUGCCUGUGCAAGUGUGGCCCUUCUUAACAUAGUCAACAACAUAGAGGGCAUCGAGCUGGGAGAGAAUCUACAACAUUUUAAGAAUUUCACAAUGCCAUUUACACCAGCAUUAAGGGGGGAUGCGAUCAACAAUUUUGAGUUUGUUAAACGAAUACACAAUUCAUUUGCACGAAAGAUGGACAUGCUCAAUUCAGAUCUCCUGCUUAAAUACGAGGCGACAUCCAAACGAUCGCGCCUAGGCAAAUACACUCAGGACGAAAACGAGAUGCACGCAGGAUUUCAUUUUAUUGCCUUUGUGCCUGCCUUAGGAACAGUGUGGAAAUUCGAUGGCUUGGAACGCCAGCCUCAGGCGCUUGGGCAUUACACAUCUGAUGAUGAUUGGCUAGAUCUGGUCAAACCCAAUAUUCGCACCAAAAUGGAAGAGUACGAAGAGGGCCAGAUCGAGUUCUCAAUUCUAAGUCUCACUCAAGAUCCACUUCCUAAUCUUAUAGGAGGGUCUAUUUCGGAAUCAACGUUUGCGGAACAGCUUCAAGAAGCUAUUAUUGGACCAGAUGAGUCGUACGGUCUAACGAGGGAGCGCAUCGACCAGUCCGAGAUUCCUACUGCGUGCGAAGAAGAGUAUGGAACAUUGUCGAAUGAAGACCUCCUCCAACAUAGGCAGCACCUGGUGGCUCAACAGCAAUCGCUUCGAAUCACCAUCCGAGAAGAACAACAAUCCCUUCAGGCGGAUGAUGACUAUGCGGCGGGCCGAAGCAUAUGA